AUGCCGCCGAAGACCCGGACGGGUGAGCUGCUGGAAGCAGAUUCCAAGUCCAUGCGCUCCAUGAAUGGCUCCCGCAGGAACAGCGGCUCCUCCUUAGUCUCCAGCUCCUCAGCCUCCUCAAACCUAAGCCACCUCGAGGAGGACACCUGGAUCCUAUGGGGGAGGAUUGUCAACGAAUGGGACGAAUGGCGGAAGAAGAAAGAGAAACUGCUGAAGAUGCCUGAAGAAGAGGCUUUCUGUGUGUUUGUGCGACUGAUGCAGGAAUAUCGAUUACGAGAGCUAUUCAAACCCAGCAUGGCUGAGCUGGGCCUCUGCAUCUACCAGUUUGAGUACAUGCUGCAGGAGCAGCUGCCUGAGCUGAACAUCCACUUCCGCUCCCAGAGUUUCCUCACCUCCAUGUACUCGUCGUCCUGGUUUCUCACCCUCUUCCUCACGACCUUCCCUCUGCCUGUGGCCACCCGAGUGUUUGACAUCUUCAUGUAUGAGGGGCUGGAGAUCGUCUUCCGUGUAGGGAUGGCCCUCCUGCAGUUCAACCAGGCAGAGCUGAUGCAGCUGGAUAUGGAGGGGAUGUCGCAGUAUUUCCAGAAGGUGAUUCCUCAUCAGUUUGACAGUUGCCCGGACAAGUUGAUCCUGAAGGCAUACCAGGUCAAAUACAACCCCAAGAAAAUGAAGAGGCUGGAGAAGGAGUAUGCUGCAAUCAAAAACAAAGAGAUGGAGGAGCAGAUUGAGAUCAAACACCGUUAUCCAAAGCUAGACCUGUAG